AUGAAACGAGUAUCUUCAGCUCCGGCUAAUGAUAAAUUGGCCAAGAAAUCGAAAAAGAAUAAGGUGCUGAUUAAUCUUUUGUGCUUGUAAUUUUAAUUUCGUGUCUUUGUCGAGUUUGUUUUUUUUACUUGUAAAUUAACCUCAAACUUGGGCAAAUAUACAUGAGCAAACCAGCUAACCUCUCUCUUGGUGUUAUUUUAAGAUCUUUUCUUUUACCAUGCGGAAAAUGAAUUGUGGUAAAAGAGGCUAUACUAGCUGUGACAAGUAUAGUUGAAGGUCAUGACCAGGGCUUUUGGGCUCAUGACCUUCAAGGUCUUGCGUUUCCGAGUUCUUUUUUAAUGAUUUGUUUUUAGGUCGACACUGAUUUUCUUCAAAAUGCGCUCAAUGGAUCGUUUCAAGAUGUACUGGAAGGGCUGAACUACACUUUGCUUCAAGCGUCUACAUCAAAGACUGCUGCAGAUGUAGAACGACGGUUCGAUAAGUUUACCGAUGACUGCGAUGCGUUACAAAAGACUUUGGACUCGCUCGAAAAGGAGAAUUCUAAGAUGUUUUCUGUGGUAGACGAACUCCUUGAAAGUGGAGAUUUGAAGACUACGUCAAGACUUCCUGAGGUAAGAAUUUUCAUCUUUUUUAUAUGUUUUGCUUUUAGUAUGAGUACUGCAACUUCUGCAACAUUCCUUGGAAGAAUAAGCGUUUUUUCUAUGCGCAUAUGUUGGAGAGACAUUCACUCAACAAUUGCACAUAUCUUGCAUGUACUAUUUGUCAUUCAAAGCACGAGGAUUUGGACACUUUUGAUGCACACAUUACAAGUCACGGUAACGAUGCUGAAUGCGGUGUUUGCGGGAAGAAAGAUGAUGAUCUCACCAAGCAUUUGAAGGAUGACCAUGGUUAUGAUGCACUUUGUAGUCUCAAAUUGACAUGUGAUUUUUGUCCGUACAGGACGAACAGUUCUACUUCUUUACAAGUUCAUUGUUAUUUAUGCAGCAACAAUCCAAAGAACUCGAAUUAUACUCCAACCGAAGAAGGUAUGUUUUAGAAAAUAUUAUUUUAGUGAAUUUUUCUCUUUUAAUUACAAGUAAUUCGCUGCUAUUAAAUAGUUAUUUUAGGACGAGUAUGCAAUAUAUGUCAGCAAGUGUUCCAAACAAACCUCCAAAUGUUGCGACACAAAGAAGGACAGCAUGUGGAAGGUCGUGGAAGCGACUGGAAAAGGUUUAGCUGUGAAGAAUGUGGACAAGGCUUCUUCAGCGUUAGAUCACUUGGUGGUCAUAAACGGAAACAUGCUAAGAAGAAAGGAGCUUUGGAAGGCAUCUACGUUCCCAAAACGGCUAAUAUUGGUGUGGGGAUGGUCACAAAAUUGAAGAAAAAAGUUGAAGCCAGAUCCCGUCUAGCUGAAUCAACUACUCGGAAGACUGUCCAUCGUUCGGUUGAGCCUAAUUGCUCGUCCGCGAUGAGUUCUAGUAUUGUAGAAGAUAUGCCAGAUUUGUAAAUAGAUUUGUUUUUUUAAUACGGGUAAUAAAAUAUAUACUGUGAUACGUGCAGGUUGCUAUAGGAACGGUUCCAAAAAUUUAUGAAAGGUCUUCUUAUUUAAUCUAGUAAGCGUGUGCAAACAGAAAUGAAGGUGCUAUUCAGAGAAACGGACAAGUCAUUGAUUGGCAAUGGUUCCGUUGUUUUUGAUUGGGCUCCAGGUUCUAAUUACUUGGCCAUCGGAGGGUAUGGUCUAAUCGAAAAUAACAUAAACGUAAUCUAGGAACAAUGGGGUGAUAUGCUUGUACGAUCGGUAUGGUGAGCGGACAGAAGAAGUAAGGGGAGGAAAGUAAGUUAGGUGUGAAAGGUUAUCAUUGUUUAGUAAAAUCGAUUUGCUUCGAUGGGAUGACAAUGGUGAACUGUUGGCAAUCGGAAGCGGUCAGUCUUCAGCGGUUCAGUUGUACGAACUGAACACAAGACAAAUUAUUACAUUGGACAUUUCAAUGGGAACAAAGUAAGUUUUUUGGUGUCUAUAUAUACAUGUUUAGAAGUCUCCCAACGUUUAUGCAAUGGUCGAAAAAGAGUCAAAUUCUGGUAGUUGGAACUAACCAAGGAAGUAUACUAAUUUACAAUCAUUACUCGUCAAAGUAAGUUCUUUAGAAUGUGUCAUGGUUUUUAAAUCUAGAAAACUUCCUUUGAUGGGAAAACAUCAACGAGCCAUUAUCACCGGUGACUUUCACGAUGACAUAUUUGCUUUGGGUUCUGAUGACUUGAGUAUUUCCAUUAACAGUUUGGAAGGCGAAACGCUGAGUACUAUAUCGUGCACUGCUGAGCCCACAAAUAUGUUAUUAUCCAAAUUCCGACGAAGUGCUGCCGAAAAGGACAAGUCAGAACUAUUUGUAAGGUUUCGACUGUAUAAUCAAAGUAUUUUAGCUGAGUUAUGUGGUUGGUCAUCGAACACUGAGCAUUGUCACAGCAAACAACACUGUCAACCCAAUCAGCUUGCAGUUCCAAGAAAAGUACGGUCAGAUAGUGGAGACAUCUUGGUUGAAGGAUGGUAUGAUUAUGAUCGCAUUUGAGCUGGGUUUUCUCGUUGUUCUCUCAGCGCACGACUGGAAUGACGUUAAUCAUGAAUUGUUUUCGAUUCAGGAGUUUACUAACACUAUAACUUGUAUACAUGCUAAUUUUGAGUGCGACAAGAUCUUUACUGGGAGCGACAACGGCCAGUGAGUCUUUCAACUAAUCGACUUUUUUAAAUUUAUGUGUGUAAUUUCAUCUUUUGUCAUCAUAUUUACCUGACAGUAGUAGUGAUUCUUUGAUUAUUGUAAGUUUUUUACUUUAUAAGUUCUUUACAGGGUAAAGGUGCGCAGUGUUUCUGACUGUAAUCGUCUUCAUGAAAUUUUGGAUGGUAAUGGUGACGGAAAGUCUGUCAGUAGGGUAGCGUGUUCAACAGACGGAAGUCUUGUAGCCGUGGCGACGGAAACCCCGGCUGUGAUUGUUUAUUUGACCAAGAUACCAUUGGUAUACGCCACUUACAGAAACAGAGUAGCUCUACUGUCGUCUUUGACCGAAGUCUCAAUAUACGAAGAUUCGACUUCUGUAGGUUGAGACUACUUUAUUUUUAUUUUCAGUUUUAUUCGCAGUAAAAGAUAUAAAUAAUAGAGAGUCUAUGAAAUUUCAGACCAACCCAUACGCGUUUAAUGCCAAGUUAGAACCAUCAGUACUGGCCAUAGGCUACAGACACAUAGCUGUUGUGUUUAACAAUCGGGUAUGGUACUAUGAAUACAAGGGGAACAGUAAGUGACAGGUGAUAGUAACCUAAAUGUUUAGAUGUGUCUUUUCUGAUCGAGGAAGAGUACAUAACGACCGUCAAGAAGGUGAAGAUAAACAAGGAGUAUGUAAUGGUUGUGAUGGAUCAGUCCGUUCAAAUACAUCUGGUAAUUUACCAUUACUUUAAAAUGAAACAACAUUUCAACAUACCAGUUGGUAUACCAAUAGUUUUUUAGAUAAUCAAAAACGAGGACAACACCAAUUCCAAAAAGUUUCCGGAAGAUACCAAAGACAACGAGCGUGUUCUACAUGCUGACUUGAUGGACAAGUUCUUUGUCUUUGCGACUGAUGUAAGCGAUAAGUUGGCAAACGUUCGACAAGUUUACGGUUCGACGCAUUUUUUAUUUUAGAAAAACCGGUUACGGUACUUUUCGCUGUCGGACUGGGGAUACUCGGCUGACUACAGGCACAGUAGACGCAUCACUUCUGUGUACGGUGAGCCAAAUGGAAUUCGGACAGUGUUUUUCGAUGACAAUUACGAUGCUUACUUGUACCAUCCUUCUGAUGACGAAGCGUAUCCGUUUCAUGACAGUCAAACCAAUUACAGAGUAAGAUGUCACAGUAAUUUUAACACAUAGAAAAUAUACUUGUAUAUUUAUUUAUGUGAUUUAAUUUUUAAUGAUUAUGUCAAUGAUAACUCACUUUUCAGUUUAAAUCCUGCUUCUGGGAGUCGUUCACGGUGGACAAAGAUUCUUUGGUACUUACCGACCAUAAUAAUAUAUACGCCUUUGUCGUAUCCCGGAAUAGUCAUGGUGAACAGUCGUUGGCCAUGUUAGGUACCACCAAGAUACCACCUGAGAACAUACCAUUAUCGCUAUGUAAAGGAAUUGUGACAUGUUACACGGCAAACGAGAAGCUGAACACAUUACUUUUGAAUACCCACAAAAGUGACGUUGGUACAGACGGCAAGAACAAAGAAGAGGUAACCCAUAUAUCUGACUUCUUGUAAUACUACGACUGUUACUAUGAUUACAGAAAACAUUUAAUCUCUUUUUGUGUAUUUAGUUGUUCGAGUUGCUGGCUCACAGUAUCAGUCUGAAGCGAUGGAGGAAUGCGUGGAGACUGUGUGACAAAAUGAAUGACAACAAAGCGUGGAACACGUUGGGAGAAGCUGCUGUCCGAGACUUGAACAUGGAGUUGGCCAUCAGAGUUUACCGCCGUAUGGCCAAGCCAAGUAUGGUAAUGGCAUUGGAGGCGGUGAAAGACGUAGAAGAAGAGAACCUACUGAGCGGGCAUGUCAUGACAUUGUUGGGGGAGUUCGAUAAGGCCGAUGAACUGUUCUGUCUCUCAACUGAACCAUGGAGAGCUUUGGAGGUACGGUAAUCUGUUAUAAAGUAGCUUAUUUUAUUAUAUUAAAUACAUAAUAUCUGAUAUGAUACAUAAUAUCUGAUAUGACAAUAAACAAUUGAGUAAGUAAAACUUCAGAUGAGAAGAAACAUUUUGGAUUGGGAUCGAGCUUUACAACUGGCAAACGAAGUAGCGAAGGACCAGCUACCGUUCGUAUCUUUGGAAUACGCUACGCAACUUGACUUUAUGUAAGGAAAGGGCCAUCCGGACCAUGAAUGCUUCUGAAAAAUAUUUUAACUUUACGUAUAACAAGAUUAGGAGUUUAACUAUACACUGCCCAUUAAUUAUAGGGGCCAAUAUUCGGAUGCGUUACAGUACUACGAAGAUGCGUACAUAGAGAAUGAAGACAGUGAGUUACUACGGGAACACAACAUGUCAUCUUUGUCAGGCCAAGCCAGAAUGCUAACCAAACUGGGAGAAGUCCAAAGGUCGGUUUCGGAAUUGUUUUAGUUUCAACUUACUUAACUACAUUAUCACAUAAUACUUACAUACUAUUACAUCUCUUGAAUGCGUUUUGCAUUAUAUGUUUCUGCAAAUAACAGACUUUAUUGUUUAGGGGACUACAGAUAGCCACGCAACUACCUGAUCGUCAGAUCAAACGAGAGUGCGGUAUGAUUCUGGAGCAGAUGAAGUUGUUUUCAGAUGCCGCCACCAUCUUCGAGCACGGUCAGUAUUACGACCGGGCUGCUGUGGCCUACAUAAAGUCUAAAAACUGGUACGUUCAAUGGUUUAAGAGUUGUUUUAGCUCUCCAUUCUUAUUUCAGGAUGAAGAUAUUGACAAUUGAAGAUCACAUAAAGUCCCCGAAAGUGCUGACACAGUACGGGAAACUUUUGUUAGCUGAUAAAAGAUACGAACAUGCCCUGAGGAUCUUCGAGAAGGCCAGGAGUCACGACAACGUGGUCAUGAUACUUCUACGGCACAUGAACAAAGUGGACGAGGCCGUCAAGAUUGCGAGGGAAUGUCGUAGUCUUGAUGGACUUAAGUUGAUCGCCAAGUAGGUUACUAUAAUAAGCUACUUAUUUAUAAUACUAUGUAAGCACAAAGAAUCCCAGUUAAUACUGCAAAAAUUAUAGAUUCUUCACUGAUGUCGGCAACGAUGAGUCAGCCAUCGAGUUUCUGGUACUGUCUCAGUGCUUUCAAGAAGCCUACAAUCUGGCACUAACAACCAAAAAAAUGGAAGUUUACAGUAAUAUGGUAGAAUCACACGGGUCUACAUCACAGUUCCUACAACUGGCUGAUUACUACGAUGCCAUUAACAUGCACGCAGAAGCUGGACGAUUCUUCGGGCUUGCCAAAGAAUAUGAAACGGUAAACCUAUAUUUACAGUUCAAGGACCUUAUAUAUAUAGUAUCUCGUAUCAGUUUUAAAUUUGAAUGUGUAAACUUUUCUUAUAGGCCUUAAAUCAUUUAAUAAAGGCGGGAGAAGAUGAAGGCGCCAUAAUGGAUGCCGUUGACUUCACAGCACAGUCCAACAACUCGAUUCUGGUAGAUCGGCUGGUGCACCAUCUGAUGGGUGAUACUGAAAAUGUCCCAAAAGACCCAAAAUUCUUAUUCCAUCUUUACACCAAACUCGGGAUGCAUGCCAAAGCCGCCCAAAUAGCUCUGAUCAUAGCCAAAGAUCAACAGAACCGAGGCUCCUACAAGAGUGCUCACAAGCUGCUGUUUGCCAUGAGGCAACAGCUAAAGGACCAGAAGAUCUACGUUCCGAUGGAGUUGGAGGACUGGCUGCUCAUACUACACAGUUAUAUACUAGCUAAAGUAAGUAAAGAUAUACCUCAUUUAUUGGAUCAAUUAAAAUAAUUGUUUCAGAGGCAUGUCACCCUAGGAAACCACCUGAAUGCUGCCAGACUUUUGAUUCGGGUUUCAGAAAACGUGAGCAGGUUUUCGCAACGUAAGUGGCUGUGCCUAAUGUAAGUUCGCUUUAGACGCGGUUCAAAUCCUUACAUCUACGGUAAUCACUUGUGCCAAAGCCAACCUCAGAAAAACAGCUUAUGAACUCGCUCUAAAGUUGAUCAAGCCAGGAUAUCGGGAGAAAUUGGACAAGAAAUACAAGAAGAACAUUGAAACUAUUGUCAGGUGAGCAGUAAAAUAUCUUACAUGACUCUUAGUCAUCCUUAGAAAAGCGGACAACGUUGAAGAUCCUCCAGAGAUCAUGACUUCCUGCCCCCAUUGCGGUCAUUCUGUCAGAGAGUUCGAUUUGCUUUGUGAUGGCUGCAAAAACACAAUACCGUAUUGUUUGGUUACGGUAUGUUCUGUAAAUUUUGUUUACUCGAUUUCAGGGGAAACACAUUAUCGAUUCCGACUUCUCCUUAUGUUCAUCGUGCAAGAUGCCAGGCUUUUGUUCGGAACUGCAGAAGUAAGCGGUACCAGACUCCGCCCCCAAGGCCUCGUGAUAAAACAUAAUUAUUUAUUUUCAGAUUGGAACGAUCGCAGGAGGCUUGCCUCAUGUGUCAGUCGUCUGUCGGCUCCCCCGUUCCAAUUAACGUUAAACUUUACUUGAAUGUAGAAGAGAAAAAGUAG